AGUAAAGACAAAAUGUUCUAGCACAACUCUUUAAAGGUUUAUAUUUUUCGUCUCUUGUAUCGAUAGUCUCCCAAAGUUCCGGAAGUUUUAUUCGUCCGGUUGUCUCGGCCCUCCACCUCGUUCUACACUUGGUACAGCCCUCUGCGGUGCGUAGGAGGAGGGGGAGGAGUACAUAAGUUUCAGCACAAGGGGUGGGGCUUUUCAGUCCUCGAGGCGUCGGUGGUCGGCUGUCUUCUGUUUUCUGUUGCUCGGCAGCCGUUGUGCGCGUGCGCGGACAUGGCUUCCAACGAGUACACUCAGCCAGCCACACAAAGCUAUGGGGCUUACCCUACUCAGCCUGGACAAGGUUAUUCCCAACAGAGCAGUCAGCCCUAUGGCCAACAGAGUUAUAGUGGAUAUGGCCAGUCAGCUGAUACCUCAGGUUAUGGUCAGAGCAGCUAUGGCUCCUCCUACGGACAAACCCAGAACAGCUAUGGUACCCAAUCGGCUCCCCAAGGAUAUGGUUCAGCCAGUGGCUAUGGAAGUAGCCAGAGUUCCCAACCUUCUUAUGGUCAGCAGUCAUCCUAUCCUGGCUACAGCCAACAGCCAGCUCCUAGCAGCACUUCAGGAAGCUAUGGUAGCAGUUCCCAGAGCAGUAGCUAUGGACAGCCCCAGGGUGGGGGCUAUGGUCCGCAGUCUGGUUAUGGUGGACAACAAAGUUCCUAUGGACAGCAGCAAAGCUCCUACAAUCCCCCUCAAGGAUAUGGCCAGCAGAACCAGUAUAACAGCAGCAGUGGGGGCGGUGGAGGGGGUGGUGGAGGUAGCUAUGGCCAAGAUCAAUCAUCUAUGAGUGGUGGAAGUGGUGGCUAUGGCAACCAGGACCAGACUGGCAGUGGUAGCAGCGGCUAUGGGGGUAGCCAGCAGGACCGUGGGGGAAGAGGACGGGGUGGCGGAGGCGGCAGCAGCAGUGGUGGCUACAACCGUAGCAGUGGUGGCUAUGAGCCCAGAGGUCGUGGAGGUGGCCGUGGAGGCAGAGGUGGCAUGGGCGGAAGUGACCGUGGUGGCUUCAAUAAAUUUGGUGGGCCCAGGGACCAAGGAUCACGCCAUGAUUCUGCAGAACAGGAUAAUUCUGAUAAUAACACCAUCUUCGUCCAAGGCUUGGGGGAGAAUGUUACCAUUGAGUCUGUGGCAGAUUACUUCAAGCAAAUUGGCAUUAUUAAGACUAAUAAGAAGACUGGGCAGCCUAUGAUCAACUUGUAUACAGACAGGGAGACAGGAAAGCUGAAAGGAGAAGCUACAGUAUCAUUUGAUGAUCCCCCUUCUGCCAAGGCGGCUAUUGAUUGGUUUGAUGGCAAAGAAUUCUCAGGAAACCCAAUUAAAGUCUCUUUUGCUACACGAAGAGCAGACUUCAACAGAGGAGGUGGCAAUGGCCGUGGUGGCCGUGGGCGUGGAGGACCCAUGGGCCGUGGAGGCUUUGGAGGUGGUGGCAGUGGUGGUGGCAGCAGAGGAGGAUUUCCUAGUGGAGGAGGUGGUGGUGGAGGGCAGCAGCGAGCUGGAGAUUGGAAGUGUCCUAAUCCCACAUGUGAAAAUAUGAACUUUUCUUGGAGAAAUGAGUGUAACCAGUGUAAGGCACCUAAACCUGAUGGACCUGGAGGGGGACCAGGAGGCUCUCAUAUGGGGGGUAAUUUUGGAGAUGAUCGGAGAGGUGGCAGAGGUGGCUAUGACCGUGGAGGGUACCGAGGCAGAGGCGGGGACCGUGGGGGAUUCCGAGGGGGCCGGGGUGGAGGGGACAGAGGUGGCUUUGGACCUGGCAAGAUGGACUCAAGGGGUGAACACAGACAAGACAGACGGGAGAGGCCGUAUUAGCCUGAUGCAGGCAUCUCUGGACCAUCUUUCCUUCCAGAUCCUACUAUUUGAUCCCUUUAUUUUGUAACCUAUCCAUGCAGCUCCCUAUCCUUGUUUUGUGUCGGACUUUGUAAUUGUAACCAUGUCCCCUGCUCCCAUUAAAUGCCAUUGUUUUAGUUAUCAAGUUCUUGUUCCUCUCCUGGAAGAGAGGAGUAGGGAUACUCCCUAUCCAUUUCUUCCCCAUCUCUUAGUUACCUACCUGAGCUAGGUAAGUAUCUGAGGCAGAAAAUCAUAGAUUGGACUACCAUUUAAGAGGCAAAUGUGACUAAUCAAAUCCCUUUUUUCAACAACUGUAAUCCCUCAUCAGCAUUUGCUUAGACCCUAUUUUUCUGUCUCUUAAUUUCAGACCUCUAAAGGCUUUUUUAUAAAGCUGCUAAAUUAGGCUUUUGUGUGCAUAUUAGGAUAACAAGCUCUUAAAUUGGGACAAAAAGACUUUUAGACCAUCUGGUCAGGACUGGGCAUUUCUCAUUUCUUAUAACUGAGAUGCAUAACUUUACAUUACAUGAUGGUUGCAGGAGAUACCCAGGAAAGAGUUGGAGAGUUACUUAAUUGGAUUUGAGUAAUUUGUAUAUUAUAUAGGCCUUGCCUGCUUUUUUGAUAGGGUGUGAUUUUUUUUUUUUUUUUUUUUUUUUUUUUUUUGAGCAUUAGAUAAGGCAGGAGAAAAACUUUCCUUGGGUCUUAAUGUUCCAGGGCAGGGGAGGGCUAUGGUAUCUGGUAUGGGCAUGAAAAUGGUCUCUUACUCUACUUGGGACUCUUGUGUAUAUUCUUUGGACAGAAAAAGUUGUCCUUACAAGAACAUUUUGUCUUAUACUUCCUGAUUUUUGACUGUCCCUGAUUCUUGACUGUUGGAGCAUUCUAUUUCAGCAGAGCUUAGAAAAAGGCAUAAUUGAGGACUAGGAAUAGACAUGGUUGUCAUUUACUGUCAUUUAUACCUGAACUUGAAAUAUUUUCUUUAAAAAUUUUUAUUGUCAUGGGUUAUACAACAGAAAAAUAUUCCUCUUUAGCAAGCGAUAAUUGGGCCCUUUGGGAAUGAAGAAAGGGUUUCAUAAUUGAAAAAUUGUCGAAUCAUUUUAACUUGGAAAUGACAGUGAAUGUUCAUGUAGUUAGGAGUAUUGGAAAGGUAAGGCGUAAAUAUUGUCUGUAGAGCUGAAGUCAAUGCAAAGAUUUUAAAGUCUGUCCUCUUUAAACUGCCAUUGGGGAAGGAAGAGAAUGAAAACAGAGUAUCUGACUUUCCCUCCUAGCAUUUGUCAAAUUUACUUAGAUCCCAGUCCCAUUUGUGGUAACCAUUGUGAUAUUGAAAAUGAACCAGAGAAUUUGGAGGACUUAGAAGUACUUGAAUAAAAAUGAAACUUUUCCUGGUAGGCGUAUGUAUACCUUAAAGCAAAACGAGUUAACUGAAGGAAGACCACCUGGGAGUCGGUUGAGAGCCAAAUCCUUCCAAUCUAUAGGAGUGAUGUAGGGAUUCAGUUUGUACUGUGGGGUUAGAAGCUAGGCUCUAAAUUCAUAUUAAUUUUGCUUUGAGACCAACUAGCAAUAUGCUCUGUGGCAUCCUUAAUUAAUAGUCUUACCUUUUUUGGAUAACAAAGAGGAACACAACUGUUAAUGUACCCAACUGGGAGGAAGUUCUGUAUAAUUGGAGCUAUGUCUUCCUCUUAUUUGGUGGGUGGCAUUGUUACAAUCAAUUUACCAGUGCUUUUUUCUAAUCCCAGAAGAUAGGAAAAGUAAUGCUGGCUCAUUUAGAGAAACAAUGCCUUGAAAAUUGUCAGAUCCUCAAAAUAUAACUUUCUGCUUAUCCCAGUAUUCUACAAUGUGAAAAGUACUAGUUUAUAUUCCCUGGGGUCAAAUAAAUUAAUACAUGAGUGUUUUAAGGUUAUUUCUGUUUUUACUGCAGGUUAAAAAUUAACCAGUCCUUAAAGUAAUACUGCUGUGUUUCAAGUUUUAUUAAUCCAUCCUGUGGUAUGCCUCUGCUUGUCAAGGAUCUUACUAAAACAGCAGAUAAUUUUCCAGGUGGAGUCAGAAGGGAAAUUGAUAAAUUCUUGCCUGCCUUGAUAUUAAUGCAACCUUUUUUUAAAUUGUUAAUUAAAAAUCUUUUCCCACCUCUUUCUCCCUUUUCUUGGGAAGAAUGUAACAAGUAAAGUUGAACAAAAACUAACUCUUCUCCCCCCUGAACAUUCCUUCCCACUUAAAAAAAAAAUCCUCCCUGGUCUUUUUGGUAGGAGAUAGAGAUUUGAGAAUCAAUUCCCUAGGCUGGGGGGGGGGGGGGGGGGGGGGGGGGGGGGGGGGGGGGGGGGGAGAUGUAAGCUACAGGAAAGGUCCCUUAACAUCAUUGUUCCAAGUAACUUAGGAAGGUAUAAAACCUUAGUUUAUCUGUAUUGCUAUUGUAUUUGCUGUCUUAAAACAUAGGGGAGGUGGGUUUUUUUUUUGUUUGUUUUUGUUUUAAAUUUCCUAUGUUACUGACUUGGAUUUUGAAGUCUGUCAAAACCCCCAGAUCAUUUUUAUGUGAACAGUGUAUCAAGGAAUUGGUUUAUAACUAUUUCCUUAAAAUUCAGCUUAUUAGAGUUGUUCCUGUAGGCUCUAGAGAACCCAUUGGUCACUAUUUUUUCCAUUCAGUUGGUUCUGAAUCUAUCCAAUUAUAAUCAUUUGGGUAUUCCCAGAUAUUUAGAAUAUCACGUUGGACUAUAGGUGGGCUAAGAUUCCCAUGUCCAGUUAACUAGUGAGUAAGUCUGUUUAAAAGGAUAUUAGUCUGGCUUGAUUUUUAAAACAUUUUGGUUUAUUUUUGUGUUGGUCAUGUUCUUUUCUGCCGAACCUACAGAUUGAAAUCUUUUGGCAAGAACAAUUUGUAUAUGAAUCUACUCGAUGUUGUGGCUUGUUGUCAUAGGAGUUCCAUGACUUCUAUGAUGAAGUUAUUACAUAGGAUCUACGUUAGUUUUUCCAUUAAAAAUUAGUGUAUUUAGGGAUCUUUUGAAUUUAGUGCUAAACAGUUUUUAUAUUCUAGGCUCUGCAUCAUUCCGUACACAUUUUGUUAGGUUUCUUUGCAUUUGUCAUUAAUAUUUGAACACAUUCCUAUUUGAUGGGCACAUUUUGCUUCUGUUAACCAUGAAGUUAAUGCAGUAAAUAUUGUAUAUGUUAAACAUUUGCUUCUGGAAAAUAAGUUUUUCACAUCCAUGUUGUUCCCUGUUGUGGGACUUAAUGGGUUGGCAUUAUAGUGAACUUAUGCUAGCUCAUGGGAUCAUUGUUCUUUAUUCAAAAAAUUAUUGAUGUGUGCUCUUAAUAUUGAUUUAUUUAGUUGCAUAUUCUUUUUCCCCUCACCUAUUCAGCAAGCCAUCCCUUACAAUGAAAACAGGAAAACUUAAUAUUUGGUAGUAUUUAUGAUUGCACAGCUCCUCUUCAACUGUGCUCAGAUGUAUGCUAUUAUAUUGUUGAUAACUGGUUCACAGAACUUUUCUGCUAUAGUUUUUUGAAAGUUACUUCUGAACUCCAUUUAUGACGAAUAUUUGCUUAAAAGUUCAACUGUUGUCACAUAUACCUUUAAUAUGAUUCAACUUUGGUGAUUUUGUAUUAAGAUAAAUAGGUUAUUGUCUCUA